AUGCCGGUAUAUGCCAUGUCGUGUUUUAAGCUUCCCAAAGCAACUUGUGAUAAUCUGAGAAGUGCAAUGGCUGGUGGAGUGCAGUGGAACACAAAAGGAAGAUUCACUAGUGGUGAUUAUACAGUAAAGUCGGGUUUUUGGCUGGCCUCAGUGGUGAACAAGAAAUCGGUGAGGGAAGAGGCAGGUGCCUUACCCUCUAUCAACAGUCUCAAACAGAGGGUCUGGACGCUAAAAACCACUCCACAGAUCCAGAAUUUCCUGUGGAAAGUACUUAGUGGAGCAGUAGCGGUCGCUGAUAAGCUCAAGGAGAGAGGGAUGAUAGUCGACUGUAUUUGCCAAGCCUGUGGAUUACCGGGUGAAUCGAUUAACCAUGUUCUCUUUUCAUGCUCCAUCUCAAGGCAAAUUUGGGCGAUGAGUGACUUCCCGGUUCCUGAAAAAGGUUUUGGUGAUUCGAUCUUUGAAAACAUUCACUACUUGAUGAGCCAGUGCCAAAAUGAGAGAAUCUAUAAAGAGAUCAAGAAACGUUUUCCUUGGGUCUUAUGGUUUAUCUGGAAGAACAGGAAUUUUCUUUUGUUUGAAAACAAAACCCUUGAUGCUAGACAAAUUAUGGGAAAGAUUAUAGAGGAGGUGGACUUAUGGUAUCUUGCGCAGGAAGUGGAGAAAGAAGAAGAGGAUCGUCAAUCUGGUCCUCUGACAAAGCUUGCGAAGAAAUGGAGACCACCUCCAAAGCCUUGGUUGAAAUGUAAUGUUGGCAGUGUUUGGUCCGAGGCUCAACAAAGAGGAGGUAUGGCAUGGGUACUGAGAGAUGAAGUCGGGGAGGUCCUGUUACAUAGUAGAAGAGUUGGGGUUGGUUUAAAGUCAAAAUCAGAGUGUAGCUUUGAGUGUUUGACGUGGGCGGCGGAAAGUUUGUUCAGUCAUGGAGUGAGGAAUGUGGUUUUUGCAUCGGAAGACUCAGAUCUUGUGCAAGCGUUGAAGAGACCCAUUGCUUGGCCUUCGUUCAGGUUGCAAACGUCGGAUCUAUAUCAUGUGUUGACGAAGUUGUGUUCUUGGAGAAUAGAGCAGGAAGUAAGAUGCACUAACAGAGGGGCUUUUCUGAUAGCUCGAAGUGCAAUCAAGGAAGGUCGCUUUCCGUCGUAUGUGGUGAGAGGUCAUCCUCGGUGGCUCAACUUGAUCUUCGACAAUGAGAAAGUCUUGCCCUCUGCUUGA